CUUUGCAGGCUUGGCGGGAACAAACAGAGGAACUCUAACUGCAUACGGACUUCAGCGACUACUUGUGACCUGACCAGCUCUCUAACUGACGUCAACGCUUGCUAUGUGGCAGACAUCCUGUCUGAACCCCCUCUGGGAGCGACCUCUGACCUCAUCGAGUUCCCCUACACUAGAUCGCCAAAAUUCUGCCCCUACAAGGAAACGGAUAUCGGCAGACCCGAGUUCAAGCUGGAGGUGAGCGGCGACAAAAGGAAGACGACACUUUUCGUAACGGACCCUCUGACGGCCUUGUUCAAAGACGACCAGCAGAUGAACGUCAGGGACGUUUUCUCGGAGCAGCUCCAGUACAAAGUCACGUACCGCAGGAAUAAGAGCACCGGCAAGAAAGUCUACAUCUCCAAGACCAACGUGAUGGAAAUACCCAACCUGGACCGAGGGGAGAGUUACUGUUUUACGGUUCAAGCCUUCAUUCCCAGCCGAAGCAUCGAUAAACAGCUGGGAAAACCGAGCCGUACCCAGUGUUCCAACGACGACAAUGAAAGCUUCUUUGAUGUGUAUUCAGUCGGUGUGAUUGCAGGCGCCGUGCUGCUUAUUUUGCUGCUCGUCAUCGCCAUCGUCGUGUUAACCAUCGUGUGCUACAGGCGCAGGAAGAAAAGUAAGGAAAGCGAGAAAGAAGGCGUUCCACUGCGGAGUGUGUAACGUUGACCAUGUCUCUUUAGUCGCUUUUGGAAUAUGCGGUACAGCGAGAACAGAUUUCCUUUCCUGACACAGGAAACAAAAGUCCAGUUUCUGUGAAACUGUUUUGGUUAAUGGGAUUUUACGCAGUGUGGAAAAUAAUUCCGCACAACAUUCAUACUGCUCAAACACUCAAUGAGAACUUUUCCAUGUACACAAUAUUCAUGUUUCCUUUAAAGUUUGCAUCCACAAAUACUCCCAUUUACUGUACAUCACUCUGCACCGGCUGUAGGAGUCGUGGUGCCAGCUAGCGACCAAUACUACCGUUUUAUUGAUAUAUUUAUGAUAUAUUGAUAUAGCGGGGGACGACUGUACAUGACAUUGGACUCGCGAGGACGAGCUGAGACGAGAUUUAAACAUUUGGAAAUGUUUUAAAAGUUUGCAUGUGUGAUAAUUAUGAUGUCCUUCACGUGUUAGAACGUCUAUCCUCUGUUCAAUCAUGCUCUUCAAAGGCACAAUGACACAAUACUGUGGGACAUGUGUGAUCACACGACACUGUGGGACGUGUGUGAUCACACGACACUGUGGGACGUGUGUGAUCACACGACACUGUGGGACGUGUGUGAUCACACGACACUGUGGGACGUGUGUGAUCACACGACACUGUGGGACGUGUGUGAUCACACGACACUGUGGGACGUGUGUGAUCACACGACACUGUGGGACGUGUGUGAUCACACGACACUGUGGGACGUGUGUGAUCACACGACACUGUGGGACGUGUGUGAUCACACGACACUGUGGGACGUGUGUGAUCACACGACACUGUGGGACGUGUGUGAUCACACGACACUGUGGGACGUGUGUGAUCACACUACACUGUGGGACGUGUGUGAUCACACGACACUGUGGGACGUGUGUGAUCACACGACACUGUGGGACGCGUCUGCUCACACGACACUGUGGGACGCGUCUGCUACUGCUCACACUGUGGGACAAAAAAUAUUAAUUCACAUUCGAAUCACGAUUCUUAUUCAUCCCGAUUCUAAAUUGAUUAUUUUUUUAAAUAUAAAAAAUAAAUAUAUACAUAUAUAUAAUUAUAUAUAUAUGUGUAUAUAUAUAUAUAUAUAUAUAUAUAUAUAUAUAUAUAUAUAUAUAUAUAUAUAUAUAUAUAUACACACACAUAUACAUAUAUACAUUUUUAGUAGGGGUGUCAAAAAAAGAUUUUCGAAUGAAUCAUUAUCUUUAAUCUAUUAAACAAAAAUGAAAAAUUGUGUUUUUUUUUAAAAUAAAUAUUUUUUAAACAUUUUUUUCUCUUAAAUCUUUCCUGUCCAGCUACUCGGGCAAAUCAUAAAGUUGAUGAAGAUGAUCAUAUCUGCUGUACAAAUUUACUACAAAAAAUAUUCUCUUGAUGCCUUAUUUGUAUUUGACUUUAUUAAAUGUUUAGGUAGAGUUUUAUUAAAUAAAAACUGUUUUUUUUUUAAGUAAUAUAGAAAUUUUUCCCAGAGGUUUAUCUAUUUUAUAGGAAUAUAGUCAAUCAUAGACUGGCACCCAAUGUUAAUAAAAAGUAUUGCUUUUGAAUCAAGAAUCGAUUCUGAACCCACAAGAAUCGAAUCGUGCGAUGCCUAAAGAUUCACAGCCCUAAUUUUUUUAGCUUUUCUAACCUUGAAAAAGUUUCAUUACAAUAAUUAUACCAAAUAUUACACUGCGAGAAUCAGUUUGAAUCGAGAAUUGAUUCUGAAUCGAAUAGUCACCGCAGGAGUUUUCAUAGGAUUAAGUAGUUGCCUUACUUAAGUGUCUUACUCUGGAUAAAUAAAGGUUAAAUAAAUCUGUCAAUACAUGUAGACCCGGAAGUACAUGCUUACAUACUACAUUACCCAGAAGGCUUAGAGAUGUAGGCAGGAACAAGAAGUAGGUCCGUCCUCCCACUAAAUAGUUGAUAUUGUGUUAUAUGUUGUUGUUACUGCUUCAUCAACGUAGGAAAAAGAAUGUUUUGAUUAGACAGUUGGCACGUGCGUUUGGGACCAAUUUGAUUGCCGAAAAUGACGCAGAUUGACCAAAAAUGUGCUGGAUAGUCGCGGGCAUCGGACUAAAGUUGCAAACCCGAGCAUAAUUAACAGGUAUUGAUUGCGUGACAUGCGAUUAUUGCGCAAAUUCCAAAACCUAGAGGGACUGAAAUAUGUGGCAGCCGUCCAUUUUCAUAAUUUCUGGGCUAUAAGAGCUGUUGCUAUGGUAAUAAGCAAGCACAUCCAAAGUGCUGCUCCGUCACGUCUUGUAGCAGGUCUCGAGUCAACGAAUGACGCAAGGUUUACUAGUGCGAAUGUGAGCUUCCGAUCCCGCCCACUUUCACAUUACGUGCAUCAGCAGUCACAAAGGUCUUGGAAGUCAGUGACAGCUGCUUGGAAAUCCUCAGAUAUGCUUGCUGCGGAGACUGGAAAAGGGGGCGGGGCUUCUUACCCUUAUUUCACAUUUCACUCUGGCCAGCUCUCGUCAUACCCCAAAUAUUUACAAUACAUUAUUUAUUUGGCAUGGGAGCCGUGAUCAUCUGCGACAAUAACUAUAAAAAUAAUAGAGCUACAGCCCUAAUUGCUAUCUUCAAUGCUAACAUGAAAAAAUAUGCUAAUUCAUGUUGUGUUAUUUUUAAAUCUGCAAACUCCAUUGAAUAGUGUGGCCAUGUCACUGUAAUGUGUGAAUUAAACAAUCUAAUAUUUAAUUAGGUUUUCACUAUAUUUCAGGUAGUACAGGGAUACUGUGUGCAUGGAAGUGAAUAUAUUAGUACUAUUAUCUGCGUGUAUUUAUUUGAAUUUUUGUCUUUUCUAACUUCAAUCUGCAGCUGUGUGUGUUAUUGUUGUUGACAAUGAAUCACUAUUUAAUAUUCAACUUACUACUGAGAUGUCAGAUGUUAAAUCGUUUUGUGGACCAAAGGGUACGAAAAUAUUGGAUGUUGAAAGAAAAUAUGAAUUGUACAGUAGACAGACCACCAAGCUAAAAUGUGUAUAUUUGAAUGGUUGGGGUACACCAAGUACCACAGCAGGUACUACUUGGAAUCUUUUUCUUUUACAGAUGAUUAUUUUUGCAUAUCUUUGACACUGUCCGUACUGUAAUAAUUUUUGUGCUCUGUGUUUAUGUGGAACUUGACACUGGAAACUCUAAUAAAUAACUUUAAUAUUU